UAGACGCCACUGGUAGCUAUUUUUUGUUUACCAAGCUAAACUAGAAAGUUCGUUAUUAUUUUUUACAUAGAUAGCUAUAGGAUGGAUGUGUUACUUGAAUCGAAAACAAAACCAGUUUCGACUAUAUCUGUGUAUAGUUACAUUCCACCAAGACGAACUGAACCAAAAGAGAGAACCUAUUACAACAGUGACUCCAAGGCACGGGAGGUAUCCUUAUACGACUGCAUAUACCGGCGGGCGGAGGGCUAUGACAGCAAACUACACCGCGACGAUAGAGAGCACUCCAACAGCAGGGGACUAGACUUGUACUCAGAGGAGUCUUCCAGACCUGCACCAGUCUUGUCCUCAUCAGAGUAUGGAAGACGCCUGCCUCCUGCCCUCUACAAACCUGGCAGGCAGUUUGCCCGCAUCUCUCACAUCCACACCGAGUUCUUCAGGAAAAACGGGAUCACACGCAAUUUUGAGGAGGGAUACGGAUCAGUGGUUCCUGUGUGAGGCAGUCCGUAUUCCCAACACCAGAGAUAGAGUGGGAGCAGUGAGGGAGGGAGAGUAAUGGUUUUAUCAAUGUGAAUAUGUAUGGGCACAACAACACACCCAACUGAUACAGUCAGUGUGGUGUUGCGUAGUAAAGAUAUUUAAAGAUAAUAGAUCAUUAUAGAAAUAGAUAUAUAUUUAAAGAGAGAUUAUAUAUUUUAAGAUGGAUAAAAGAAAAAAGUUUAAAAAAAAUAAUUAUAUAUAUAUAUAUAUAGCUAUAUAUAUUAUAAAAUCUGAUUACAUAUUUUAAAAUACAAAGAUUGUAACUAUACAUUAUGGCUCACAUGUUUGUGACAUACAUAAUAAAGUACAA